GGGGGCCCCAAGGGUUUUGACCUGGGGGUUCUGACGUGGAUGGGAGCUGGCCAGGGGAUCUGCCCUGGGGGUCCCAGCAAUCCUGACCUGGGGGCUCUGACCUGGGGCUCCUGUGGGUCCUGCCCUGGGGGAUCCGAGGGGGUCUGCCCUGGGGGUCCUGGCAAUGGUGUCCCCCGAGCAGCCGUGUCCCCUGUCCCCACAGGCGAUGGGGGCAUCCGAGCCCCCCAACUUCUCGUGGGUGGCCGAGGGCCGGCUGGCGGGGCUGGCGAUGCCGCGGGAGCCGGGCCACUACCGGUACCUGCGGGAGCGCGGGGUCCGGCACCUCGUGUCCCUGAGCGAGCGGGCCCCGCCCCACCACGGCUGCUGUCCCCAAAUCCAGCUCCACCGGCUCCGCGUGCCCGACUUCACCCCCCCGAGCCCCGAGCAGAUCCAGAGCUUCCUGCAGAUCGUGGAGGAGGCCAAUGGCCGCGGGGAGGCCGUGGCAGUCCACUGCAUGCUGGGCUACGGCCGGACGGGCACGCUGCUGGCCUGUUACCUGUGCAAGGAGCGGCACCUGGCUGGCGGCGACGCCAUCCGCGAGAUCCGGCGGCUCCGGCCCGGCUCCAUCGAGACUCCGGAGCAGGAGCAGGCCGUGAUCCGCUUCUGCCAGUGCCUGCGGUAGGUGCCACCCCCCCUGUCACCGUGGAGGUCCCCUUCCCCAGCUGUGGCUCCCAAGUGUCCCCAAUCCCGGCUCACUGGUGGCAUCUGCCCCUCCGCAGCACUGGGGAGGAUGGCAAGGAGGCCUGAGCACGUGGAUGGGAUCCAUGGAAUCGGGCACCCCGAAGUGCCAGGGGUUCCCAGCCCCAUCUGUCCCCUCCUGCAUUAAAGGACUGGCCUGUG